CCGCGGGGACACUGUGAGGGCACCGCGGGCGCUUCGGUCACACCGCGGCUCCCUCGGGGGCUCGACCGCGCCCUCCUGCUCCCCCCGGGGCUGCACCCGAACGGCGGCGGCGCUCCGGCCCCCGGUGUGACCGGGAAUGGGGAGCGGAGCCCGGCGGGCAGCACGUGGGGGGCACCGGGGGGACCGGGCCGCGCUCGGUUGGUUUUGUUUGAUUGGGACAAACGGUGGCUGUAAAGGCACCUUUGGGGUGAACCAGCUUGGUUUGCUCUCCAAUUCCACCGAGGCAGCAGCUCCUGCUGAGCAAAAUUCAGGAAAAUGCUGAGGAGCCUGAAAGGACUCGUGUGCCAUUCUCUGAAGCUGGAGCGAGGCUGUGCCCUGCCCACUGCCAGGGCUGCCCUGAGCUCGGUGCCCGGCCCGGCUGUGCCCGCAGCAGCGCCCGCAGCAGCGCCCGCAGCCAUCUUCCACACCGGCGAGAGCGACCCGGCCAAGCACACGGAGCAGCACGAGGGCCGCCUGUACCCCAUCCCCCUGGAGGAGCUGCGGGCUGUGUUCCCCCAUGGGCUGCCCCGGCGUUUCCAGCAGCAGGUCCGGACCUUCAACGAGGCGCGGGUGAUGGUGCGGCGGCCGGCGCUGGAGAUCCUCAGCUACCUCAGGGGCGCCAACCUGGCCCACCCUGCUGUCAGAUACGUCAUCUACGGCGAGAGGGGCACGGGCAAGACGCUGACGCUGUGCCACGUGGUGCACUACUGCUGCCGGCAGGGCUGGCUGCUGCUGCACGUCCCUGACGCUCAUCUGUGGGUGAAGAACUGCAAGGAGCUUUUUCCGUCCUCCUACAAGAAGGGCCGGCUGGAUCAGCCCCUGCAGGCCUCGCUGUGGCUCAAGAACUUCAAAACCUCCAACGAGCGUUUUCUGGACGAGAUAAAAACGCAAAAAAAAUACAUUUGGGGCAAAAGGGAAAGCACAGAGGAGGGCAGACCUUUGAGGGAAGUGGUGGAGCAGGGGCUGGCGCGGGCCCGCAGCGCCAGCGAUGCCGUGGGGGCGCUGCUGCGGGAGCUGCGGCUGCAGGGCCGGCGCGGGCCCCGGCCCGUCCUGGUGGCCGUGGACGGCGCCAACGCGCUCUGGGGCAGGACCACGCUGAGCAAGGAGGACAAGAGCGCCGUCUCUCCUGAGGAGCUGACGCUCGUGCACAACCUGCGGAAGAUGCUGAGGAACGACUGGAGUGGAGGUGCCAUUGUGACCACCCUGAGCCAGACUGGCUCUCUCUUCAAGCCCAGCUCAGCCUACACUCCCCAGGAGCUGCUGGGCAAGGAGGGUUUCGAUGCCUUGGACCCCUUUGUGCCCAUCCCGGUGCCCAACUACAGCCCCAAGGAGUUCGAGAGCUGCUACGGCUACUACCUGGAGCGGAGGUGGCUGCAGCACGAGAAAGGUCGGUGCUGGGCGAGGGGGAGACCGGAGCUGUUCCCUCCAUCCCUCCUCCAGCUCAGUUUUGCUCUGUUUUUCUCUCUCGCAGCGCACACCGAGGACGGCAAAGCGGAGCUGCAAUUCCUCAGCGGCUCCAACCCGCGGCAGCUGGACCGGCUGGCGGGGCCCCUGUAGCGCAAUAAAGGCUCCGUUCCCCCGC